CCCGCCCGGCGUCGGGCCGUCGGACGGGCUGGAAGGGGCGGCCGUUCGGGCAGGAUGGCGGCGGCUGCGGUGGGCGCGGGCCCUGGCGCGGGGGGCCCGGGCGCAGUGAGCAGCAGUGGCGGCGCGCGCGAGGGCGCGCGGGUGGCGGCGCUGUGCCUGCUAUGGUACGCGCUGAGCGCGGGCGGCAACGUGGUCAACAAGGUGAUCCUGAGCGCCUUCCCGUUCCCGGUGACCGUGUCGCUGUGCCACAUCCUGGCUCUUUGCGCUGGGCUCCCGCCGCUGCUGCGCGCCUGGCGCGUGCCCCCCGCGCCGCCCGUCUCGGGCCCCGGACCCAGUCCGCAUCCGUCGUCCGGCCCGCUGCUGCCGCCGCGCUUCUACCCGCGCUACGUGCUGCCGCUCGCCUUCGGCAAGUACUUCGCGUCCGUGUCAGCGCACGUCAGCAUCUGGAAGGUGCCCGUGUCCUAUGCACACACCGUCAAGGCCACCAUGCCCAUCUGGGUGGUCCUCCUGUCCCGGAUCAUUAUGAAGGAGAAGCAGAGCACCAAGGUAUACUUGUCACUCAUCCCCAUCAUCAGCGGUGUCCUGCUGGCCACCGUCACCGAGUUGUCUUUUGACAUGUGGGGACUCGUCAGCGCCCUCGCCGCCACGCUGUGCUUCUCGCUUCAGAACAUUUUCUCCAAAAAGGUCUUGCGAGAUUCACGGAUCCACCAUCUCCGGCUGCUCAACAUCCUGGGCUGCCACGCCGUCUUCUUUAUGAUCCCCACCUGGGUUCUGGUGGACCUCUCGGCUUUCCUGGUCAGCAGCGACUUGACCUACGUCUACCAGUGGCCCUGGACGCUCCUGCUCCUGGCUGUCAGCGGCUUCUGUAACUUUGCCCAGAAUGUUAUCGCCUUCAGCAUCCUCAACCUCGUUAGCCCCUUGAGCUACUCAGUCGCCAAUGCCACCAAGAGAAUCAUGGUCAUCACGGUGUCCCUGAUCAUGCUGCGCAACCCAGUCACCAGCACCAACGUCCUGGGCAUGAUGACCGCCAUCCUGGGGGUCUUCCUCUAUAACAAGACCAAGUACGAUGCAAACCAGCAAGCCAGGAAGCACCUCCUCCCCGUCACCUCAGCAGACCUAAGCAGCAAGGAACGUCACCGGACCCCACUGGAGAAGCCCCACAACGGCCUCCUCUUCCCCCAGCACGGGGACUAUCAGUACGGCCGCAACAAUAUCUUAACAGACCACUUCCAGUACAGCCGGCAGAGCUACCCAAACUCAUACAGUUUGAACCGCUAUGAUGUGUAGAGUCCAGAGGACAGGACCAGACUGUUCUGUAACUCCUUCCCUGGCCCCCACAGCAGUAUCAGAAACUUCUGACAAUCAGUGAAUGUACAACCCAGCCGAGGGGAUGGUGCAUAACUCUCCUUCAGAAGCCCUGGGGUUCCUGGCCCCCCGUGAGCCGCAGGAGGAUGCAUUGCCUGCAGUGCAGACGGCUGUGAGCUCUGGGCAAACCUAAACAGAGACCGGUGUCUCAUGCUCUUUCUUCCUGGAGUCUGUCAUCUGAGGGCCAUGUCCCUGCAGAGAUCUUGGCCACGUUGUACCUUUCCACGUGGAAUUAUUCCCCAAGCAGUGUAGCUCAGAGCACUUGUGUCUGCAUUCCAGAUAACAUUCAGGACCCUGUGUGAAAAGCUGGGAUCACUGUGGCUGUAGACCAUGAGCUGGUAGUGGGGGUGUCCAGGGCGGUACUUGAGAACGUCAGACUGGCUACUUUAAUUCCCUGGCGCAGACACGCAUGGGACCAACAGGGUCACCAAGCAGACAGGGAGCCCGCGAGAAUCCAUUCAAAACAUCCCCAGCCACAGAGAUGGAUCCAGUUUCCUGGUCAUCCCCUUAGCAGUUCAAAAGUUCCUGGAAAAUGUUCCAAAGCAAAAAGCGAUUGCAAUUAGCAUCCAGUUCCUGCAGCCUGGUGCUCUGCCCUGCACGUCAGGGUUGGCAUCCACCCAGAUCCAGAUGGAAGGGAAACUGCUCUCUUCUCCUUUGCCUCCUCUUCCCUCACCAGAGCAGGGCGCUUCUCUUGGGGUGGUGAGAAGGAUCUUCAAGAAAUCGUGUUCAGUAUUUUAAGCUCUAUUUCUGUGGCACGUGUCUUUUGAGAGGCGUCGUCACCUCUUCUGUGAUGACUUGGUAGGUUGUUUGGUAGAGAGAUCUUGAUUUUCGGAGGAUCUUGCAUUUUUCUAGGGAAUAUUUUGUAGUUUGUGUGUGUUUUUGCCUUGGUCCCCACUAUGGGAUGCAUUAGGACUGGCCUAUGCAUUGAAAAUCUUUUUGUUUCUAAACAUUUAAAAACUAAGUUCCCCGGCCAGGCACGGUGGCUCACACCUGUAAUCCCAGCACUUUGGGAGGCCAAGAUGGGCGGAUCACGAGGUCAGGAGUUCGAGACCAGCCUGGCCAACAUAGUGAAACCCCACCUCUACUAAAAAUACAGAAAUUAGUCAGGCGUGGUGUCGCACACCUGUAGUCCCAGCUACUCAGGCUGCUGAAGCAGGCGAAUCGUUCGAACCCGGGAGGCAGAAGUUGUGGUGAGCCGAGAUUGUGCACUCCAGCCUGGGUAACAGAGCGAGACUCCAUCUCAAAAAAAAAAAAAAAAAAACCAAGUUCCCACUGGUGAUGCCUGUGUGACACAUUUGGGUAUUUAGUAGGAAAUAAUGAAGUGUUUUGAAGCUUCGAGAGAAGCUUCAAAAUUGUCACAAUUGCUGAAAACAGAAUUAAUCGUGAACAUUAUCUCAAUAUUUUGUAUAAUAGACAAGACCACAGUGUUUUGGUUCCCUGACCUGUUUUUGUGUUUAUGUUAGGAUCUGAAUCAUGUUCUGGGUAAGGGGACGAGGAGCAAACACUGCACUAAGAUUUGGUUUGCCAAAUCAGAUUCUUUGGUCGAGUCAGUUUGGGGCCAGGCGUGGUGGCUCACGCCUGUAAUCUCAGCACUUUGGGAGGCUGAGGUGGGCGGAUCACUAGAGUUUGAGACCACCCUGGCCAACAUUGUGAAACCCCAUCUCUACUAAAAAUACAAAAAUUAGCCAGGCAUGGUGGCAUCUGCCUGUAAUCCCAGCUACUUGGGAGGCUGAGGCAGAAGAAUCGCUUGAGCCCAGGUGGUGGAGGUUUCAGUGAGCUGAGAUCACACCACUGCACUCCAGCCCUGGUGACAGAGUGAGACUCUGUCUAAAAAAAAAAAAGGGAAUCAAUUUGGGUCUUGGCAGAAAUCAACGUAAGGAAUAUGACAGGACCCCAGUAGGUAACCUGAGUGCUCAGGUCUGAGCUGUGGUCUCUUUUACGGCUUCAUGAAAGGACGGUGCCCUCAUGGAGGGGACCACGGCUUGGCUUGUGGGGUCUUAGGUGAUGGCUGCCUUCUUUCUUCAUCACCACACCCAGCUUCUUGCUGGCACUUAGGGGAAGAGAGCAGGAAAUGAGAGGUUUACCUUUUAUCUCCCAGCGAGCGAGAUGUUUCCCUGUUCAGAGAGGAAGUAACAUCGCUUAUGCUUGACUCGUGUUUUGUUGUUGUUGUUUGUUUUUCUUUCAACUGGAAUUCUGUAUUUAAGAUGUUAUGUCAGCUGACACAUGGGACACUCCUGAAGAGGUGACCAGCCCCCCACCCUGUUUGGCGGUGAGUUUCCGCACCACCGGCCUCAGAAGUGUCCCUUUUGCUUCGUCUCUUGUUCACUUGCUUUGUAAAUACUUUGGUCCCAAGCUGAGACAAUUGCUGUGUAAAACGUGAAGAGUCAAUCCCAAAGGGUGUUAUUUGUCAGAAGAACUUGCCGUGUGCCUUCACCGAAGGCAGUCAAGUCUGCAGUUGGAUUUUUCUCACUGGUGAAUGACAAAAAACAGGGAUAACUUUGCACUGCGGAGAUAUUACGGGAGUUGUCUAUAUGAUUAUAGUACCUGAUUCUUUGAAUAUAUCAUUGAACUCCAAAAUGAAUUCAACCUCCAUUCAGGCUUCAUGAAAUCUCUGAAGUUGCUGAAAUUUGUAUAUUAUUUUCCUUUUCCAAUGCAAGAUCUGCUGGUGAGGGGAAAUGACUGUCUGGUUUUAUUAUGGUUUAUAAAUUAAUAAAUGGGCUAUUUAAUUCUGUAUAUAAAUUUACAGCAAGUACGUACACUGGAAUGAAUGAGGCAAUCACGUUACACCAAAUCAGCAGAUCAAAAGACAAACACACAUUUCUGAGACUUGGAGGUCCACAUCCCCCGCCCCCUGCCGAGACAGAGUCUUGCUUUGUUGCCCAGGCUGGAGUGCAGUGGCGCAAUCUCAGCUCACUACAACCUCCACCCCCCCCAGGUUCAAGUGAUUCUCGUGCCUCAGCCUCCCUAGUAGCUGGCAUUACAGGCAUGCACCACCACACCUGGCUAAUUUUUUGUGUUUUUAGUAGAGACAGAGUUUCACCAUGUUGGCCAGGCUGGUCUCGAACUCCUGGCCUCAAAUGAUCCACCCGCCUUGGCCUCCCAAAGUGCUAGGAUGACAGGCAUGAGCCACCAGGCCCAGCCUGAUUGACAAUGGCCUCUUGAAGGCUGGUUUUUCCCAGCCGGACAGUGCCCGCCCCACAUGCCCCACUCCCACGCUUUCAUCUGCAGGCCUGCCUUCCUCUCAGUCUCCUCACUGCUGGGCUCUGUGGUAGAGAAUUUCCUUUACCCAUCCAGGGUAUGGUCUGGCUGGUAACACUGACUCCAACCCAGCUCCUUCAUUUUAUAGAAGGAGGCAUUUCUGAAUCAUGUUUGUUCACCAUGGCGAGACUCACUGCAGAAUUUUUAACCACCUUAUUUUAAGUCAUUCAUUCUAGGAACAGUCAAGCCCCUAUCACAAAGGGGACAAGCCAGAUCCGUUCAAGUGACGAAGCACUUGCAGUUUCUGAAUUUUGCUGUGUAUUUGUCCUACGUCACCCAACAGGCCCUUUGCUAUAGCUGGGACAUUACCAGACCCCAAUACCUUAAGGUCUCACAGCCUGAAGGACACAGAACAUUAAAUUAUUAAAAGACCUGAACAUCUUACAAUUUUUUUUCAAUUGUCACCUGUUUUCAAGACUUAAAUGCUAUAGACUUUUCUGCAGGAAUGAUGUGUAUAUUCCUCACUGGCAUUUACCAAAAAUAAAUGAUGGUUUCCAGGGAAUCAAAAUUUGUCCCAAUUUGUCAGCGAGGGUCUCUUUUUGAGUGACCCUGUCUUCAGUGUGCCCAGCAACAAAAUGUGGAAGGAGGAGAAAGAGCAAGCCAACUUGGUCGUCACGUCUGGAUUUACUGCAACCUUUGUUUUUUCUUCUGAGCCAAAAAUAAGGACAUGCGAUUUGUGAAUUGAUUAGAUGAUACAAUGAAAAUAGGAUCACAGCUAAAUUAAUGAUGUGACUUUAUUGAACAGAAUAACACGGGAAGUCCAGGAACAUUGUGGCAGCUGUGCUUAUGAAACUUUUUUUUUUUUGGGUAUGUUUCAUGUUUUUUGACACAGGAUCUCAUUCUGUCGCCCAGGCUGGAGUGCAGUGGUGCAAUCCCGGCUCUCAGCAGCGACAGCCUCCCAGACUCAAGGGAUCCUUCCGCCUCAGCCUCCCAAGUAGCUGGGAUACAGGCACGUGCCACCAAACCUGGCUAAUUUUUGUAUUUUUUGUAAAGAUGGAGUUUCACCUUGUUGCCCAGGCUAGUCUCAAACUUUUGGGCUCAAGCAAUCUGGCCUGUUAUGUUUUUGGUUUAAGAGAUAGGAUCUCACUUUAUUGCCCAAGCUGGACUGCAGUGGCAGAACCAUAGCUUACUGCAGCAUCAAACCCCUAAACUCCAGUCCCCUGCCUCAGCCUCCCAAGUAGCUGAGACGGGUGCACACUACCACACCCAGCUAAUUUGAAAAAUAUCUUUAGAGAUGGGGCUCUGUGUUGCCCGGGCUGGUCUGAAACUCCUGGGCUCAAGUGAUCCACCUGCCUUGGCCUCCCAAAGUGCUGGGAUUACAGGUGUGAGCCACUGCACCCGGCCUGAAGCCAUUUUUGAGUAUUGACAGCCGAGACUGUGUACCUGCUACAUGCCCAGCUCAGUGGUGAGCUUUAUUAGCCUUGUUUUUCAGGUGAAAAUGAGGCCCAACAGGGUCAAGUCACUCAUCUGGGAUUACAUAGCUGCUCAAAUCGGGCUCCAGAACCCAUUUUUCCCCAUUACUUAAACCAUCCCCAGCAAAGGAUUUCUUUCAAACAGAAAGGGUUUGAGUUUCUGCUGAAACUAUUGCCCAUGUCCUUUUCAUGAUCUUUUUGUUUAGUGAUUUACUAAGCACUGACUGUAUCAAGCAGCAGGAAAACAGAUAUGUAAGCCUCCUACCUUCAAAGCACUCAGCCUAAAUGACAGGUAUGUAACUAAGUAGCACAUGGGAGCUACUUAGAAAUGCUAAGACCCAGGGGAUGGGGGACUGGGGGGAGGCGGCAGGGCUUACGCCUGUAAUCCUAACAUUUUGGGAGGCCAAGGUGGGUGGAUCACCUGAGGUCAGGAGUGCGAAACCAGCCUGGCCAACAUAGCGAAAGCCCAUCUCGACUAAAAAUACAAAAACUAGCCAGGCAUGAUGGCACGCUCCUAUAAUCCCAUCUACUUGGGAGGCCGAGGCCGGAGAAUCGCUUGAACGUGGGAGGCAGAGGUUGCAGUGAGCCACGAUCACGCUGCUACACUCCAGCCUGGGUGACAGAGCGAGACCCUGUCUUCAAUAAAACCCCACAAAACUUUAGUUACCAUCUGACCCUGACCACAAUGAGACCAUUCCGAUUAAGGGGUCCAGAGUCAAGAAAUCACAACUAGCAGACAUGUGGGCCACAGAACCCCCUCAGUGCACCUGGCCCUCCACGUUGCUUCUUAGGUGAGUCCCUUCACAAGGCUCAUCUCACUCGGGGUGUCCACUUUACUUGCUGGAGAGUAUCUGCAGCAGCCAGUCUAUUAGCUUUCUACUGCUUUCUUCUGACCAGUGGAUUCUGAUUUGACCCUUUGAAAUGAGCUUGGUAGAGGCCCCUCUGAGGCUUAUAUUUUCAGUCUCAGAUACGUGGCUUUUUUGUUUCUGUUUUUGUUUUGAGACAGAGUCUCGCUUUGUCGCCCAGGCUAGAGGGCAGUGGUGCAAUCUCGGUUUGCUGCAACCUCCCCCUCCCAGGUUCAAGUGAUUAUCCUGCCUCAGCCUCCCGAUUAGCUGGAAUUAAAGGCACCUGCCCCCACGCCCGGCUAAUUUUUGUAUUUUUAGUAGAGACGGGGUUUCACCAUGUUGGCCAGGCUGGUCUCGAAAUCCUGACUUGAGUGAUCCACCUGCCUCAGCCUCCCAAAGUGCUGGGAUUACAGGCAUGAGCCACCACGCCCAGCAGCAUUUUAAACUAUCUGAAACAAAUGUAUGAAAGUAGUGACUGUCGGUGUACUACCUUUCUAGAAGGUAGCUGAGCAAUAUCAGUAUUGAAUUUGCACACCCUUUGACUCAACACAAGGUUUAUAUCUACUAAGACACUUUUUUUUUUUUUUGAGACAGAGUCACUCUGUUGCCCAGGCUAGAGUACAGUGGUGCAAUCUCGGCUCACUACAACCUCCACCUCCAGACUCAAGCGAGUUUCCUGCCUCAGCCUCCCGAGUAGCUGGGAUUAUAGGCACGUGCCACCAUGCCCGGCUAAUUAUUUUUUAGUAGAAACGGGGUUUCUCCAUGUUGGCCAGGCUGGUCUCAAACUCCUGGCCUCAAGUGAUCUGCCCGCCUUGGCCUCCGAAAGUGCUGGGAUUACAGGUGUGAACCUCCAUGCCCAAUCCUAUAUACACUAAGACACUUAACAGUGGCCUAAAAAUGGAACCAAGCCAGGAGACUACAGAGUCUCACUUCAAUAAGUUGUGGUGAGUCCACACCAUGGCAUCCUAUGCAGCCUCAAAAAUCACAACACCGCCAGGGCGCAGCAGCUCACAUCUGUCAUGCCAACACUUUGGGAGGCCGAGGUGGGUGGAUCACGAGGUCAGGAGUUCAAGACCAGCCUGGGCAGCAUGGUGAACUCCUGUCUCUACUAAAAAUACAAAAAUUAGCUGGGUGUCACGGCACAUACCUGUAAUCCCAGCUACUCAGGAGGCUGAGGCAGGAGAAUCCCUUGAACUUGGGAGGCGGAGGUUGCAGUGAGCCGAGAUCAUGCUACUGCCCUCCAGCCUGGGCAACAGAGUGAGACUCUGUCUAAAAAAAAAAAAAAAUGACAAUACAGAUUCAUUAACCUGUUCUGAUUGAGGAGCCUAUUAAGAAUCCUGUAAAUGCUGUGUAUCUUCAACCCUUGAAAGGGCAUUUAUUUUGCUAUCAAUCUUGUUAGUUCAUGGUUCUCUGAAAUCUCUCCAUUGGAGAUCCCCAGUUAAAACUCCUUGAUGUAGCCGGGCACGGUGGCUCACACCUGUAAUCCCAGCACUUUGGGAGGCCGAGGCAGGUGGAUCACCUGAGGUCAGGAGUUUGAGACCAGCCUGGCCAACAUGGUGAAACCCUGUCUCUACUAAAAAUAUAAAAAUUAGCUGGGUGUGGUGGUGUGCACCUGUAGUCCCAGCUACUCUGGAGGCUGAGGCAGAAGAAUUGCUUGAACCCAGGAGGCAGAAGUUGCAGUGAGCAGAGAUCACACCACUGCACUCCAGCUGGGUGACAGAGCAAGACUCUGUCUCAAAAAAAAAAAAAAAAAAAAAAAUGUAGAUUUUACCUGGCAUGAAAAGUGCCCACACUCUAGAUUACUGACUAUUCUUUAAACAGUAUGGGCUGGGCACAGUGGCUCACGCCUGUAAUCCCUGCACUUUAGGAAGCCAGGGCAGGCAAAUCAGUUGAGGUCAGGAGUUCCAGACCAGCCUAGCCAACAUGGUGAAACCCCGUUUUUACUAAAAAUACAAAGAUUAACCGGGUAUGAUGGCAGGCGCCUGUCAUCCCAUCUACUUGGAAGGCUGAGGCAGGAGAAUCACUUGAACCUGGGAGGCGGAAGGUGCAGUGAGCGGAGAUUGAACCACAGCACUCUAGGCUGGGCAACAGACAGGACGCUGUCUCAAAAAAAAAAAAAAAAAAUUUAGGGCCGGGCGUGGUGGCUCACGCCUAUAAUCCCAGCACUUUGGGAGGCUGAGGCGGGUGGAUCACCUGAGGUUGGGAGUUUGAGGCCAGCCUGACGAACAGGGAGAAAUCCCGUCUCUACUAAAACUAAAAAAUUAGCUGGGUGUGGUGGCACAUGCCUGUAAUCCCAGCUAGUCGAGAGGCUGAGGCAGGAGAAUUGCUUGAACCCGGGAGGUGGAGGUUGCGGUGAGUCGAGAUCGCGCCUUUGCACUCCGGCCUGGGCAACAAGAGCGAAACUCCAUCUCAAAAAAAAUAAAAUAAAAAAUAAUAAAAAAAUUUAAAAUAGGCCGGGCGCGGUGGCUCACGCUUGUAAUCCCAGCACUUUGGGAGGCCGAGGCGGGCGGAUCACGAGGUCAGGAGAUCGAGACCACGGUGAAACCCCGUCUCUACUAAAAAUACAAAAAAUUAGCCGGGCGUGGUGGCGGGCGCCUGUAGUCCCAGCUACUCGGAGAGGCUGAGGCAGGAGAAUGGCGUGAACCCGGGAGGCGGAGCUUGCAGUGAGCCAAGAUCGCGCCACUGCACUCCAGCGUGGGUGACAGAGCGAGACUCUGUCUCAAAAAAAAAAAAAAAAAAAAAAAAAAAAAUUAAAAUAAACAGUAUGAUCCCACACUGUUCUAUCUGCCUAUUUAGGGUGUUUAGAGCUGGCCCCUUGUUCAGAUCAUAGUGCAGACCUCACCUCGAGAGCCUUUCCUGACAACCCCAUCAGCCUGGGCCCCACCCUCCCUUGUAUCAUAGUCUCAGCAUCCUCUUCUCCUUAAUAACACCUUUGAGAUGAUAUAUUUGUUUACUGACUUUGGGACUAUUUCCCGCCAUAGACUGAGUCCCCUGAGAGCGGAGCUGAGAUCUGAGUUGUGCAUGACUGUAUCUAUAAGCCACAUCCAACUGGCUGCCUGUUUUUGUGAGCGAGGAAGGUUUUUCAAAGGUGAACAUGUGCCAUCAACAGACGACAGGAAAUACAACUGGGAGCCCCAAUUAAGUGAAAUGUUAUCCCCCAAAAGAAUUCCACUCUUAUGAAUAGACUUGGGUCUUAGUCCAUUUUGCAUCACUAUAAAACAACACCUGAGACUGGGCAAUUUUUAAAGAACAGAAAUUUAUUUCUUACAGUUCUGGAGGCUGAUAUAUCCAAAGUCGAGGGCCUUCUUGCUGGUGAGGACUCUGCAGAGUCUUGAGGUAGCACAGGGCAUCACAUGGCUAGCAGGCUGUGUGCAAGCUCAGGUCUCUUUUCCUUUUUUUUUUUUUGGAACGGAGUCCUGCUCUGUUGCCCAGGCUGGAGUGCAGUGGUGCGAUCUCGGCUCACUGCAAGCUCCAAACCAGUCCCACUCCCAUGAUAACCUAUUUAUCCAUUAACACAUGAAUGGCAGGACCUCAUAACCCAAUCACCUCUUAAAGGCCCCACCUCUUAAUACCGUUUCACUGGGGAUUAGGAACAAACAUUCAAACUGUAGCAACUUGUAUUUAAGAAACUACUCAGUUAUCAUAUUUUGAUUUUCACCAACAAAAAUUUUAUGAACUUUUCUUUCUGGUUAUAGAAAUACCUAAAUAAGGCUGGGUAGGGUUGCUCACACCUGUAAUCCCAGCACUUUGGGAGGCCAAGGCAGGCAGAUCAUGUGAGGUCAGGAGUUCAAGAGCAGCAUGGCCAACCUGGUGAAACCCCAUCUCUACUAAAAAUGCAAAAAUUAGCCGGGCGUGGUGGUGCGUACCUGUAGUCCCAGCUCCCCUGGAGGCUGAGGCAGAAGAAUUGCUUGAGCACAGGAGGCAGAGGUUGCAGUGAGCUGAGAUCACACCACUGCACUCCAGCUUGGGCGAGAGAGAGCAAGACUGUGUCUCAAAAAAAACAAACAAACAAACAAACAAAUAAGAU